AACCAUUCCGUAGCCUGAGUGUAAUCGGUAUGGCUCUGAAUAUAGCCAGCACCAACUAAUGUUUUGCAUGAACGACUUUUUACUGUCAGGGCACUUUGCCUGACCAAUGUCAUGCAGAUUGUUUCCCUUGGAAAGUCCCAUGCUUCUGUGAGUGCCCGUUUGGUAUGUACUCUUCAUACCUCCAACUCCAGGACGCCUCCCUGCCUCAUGCUCAGCAUUCUCCUGGAACUGUUCUGGGUGAGAUGCAAGGCAGAGGCUGAUCCAGAGAGGGAACCUGUGGGCCUCGGCAGGUCCACUGAGGCAGAACCUAAUCUGCAUCGUUGCCUGGUGCUUGCCCACUCUUUUCAGGGCAGCUAGGCACCAUCCUGCUUACUCCAUUCAGUCACAUGAGUUGCAGCUACCUCCAGGUCUGUUUGAGGAAACAUCCUGUGGCCUCCUCUCUCCAAUCAAAAGAAGAGCUAUCUCGCCCCCAUACACGGCCUCCACCAUGCUAGACAGAGAGCAUCUAUGAGCUCUUAAAGACAAUCAAGGUGGAGCAGCUACUUGGUCUCCUACAGAAGGACAUCCCUUGUUGCGUCUAACCUAAAUAUUUCCUGACACACUCCUGAACAUUUUUGCUCUCCAUGAAGAAAAACAACAGAAGUUACAAAGUUCCUGAGGUCCCCAGAACAUCCCUCCUCCUGAUGCUGCACACCUCUGAUCGGCCACCCUCAGCAGAGGUCAGGGGAGCCAUGAGGAACCACACCACUGUCACCGAGUUUGUCCUGCUGGGACUCUCAGAUGCCUGUGAGUUGCAGAUGCUCAUCUUCCUGGGGCUGCUGCUGACCUACCUCCUCACUCUGCUGGGGAAUCUCCUCAUCGUGGGCAUCACCCUCAUGGACAGGCGCCUCCACACCCCCAUGUACUACUUCCUCCGCAACUUUGCUGUCCUGGAGAUCUGGUUCACCUCGGUCAUCUUCCCCAAGAUGCUGACCAACAUCCUGACUGGAUACAAGACCAUCUCUCUCCCAGGCUGUUUCCUACAAAGUUUCCUCUAUUUCUCCCUGGGCACCACAGAGUUCUUCCUACUGGCAGUGAUGUCCUUUGACAGGUAUGUGGCCAUAUGUAACCCCUUGCGUUAUGCAACCAUCAUGAGCAAAAAGGUCUGUGUGAAGUCAGUUCUUUGUUCAUGGAUGGCAGGAUUCCUUCUCAUUGUCUUUCCAAGUUCCAUCACUUUUCAGCAGCCAUUUUGUGGCCCCAACGUCAUUAACCAUUUCUUUUGUGACAACUUUCCACUCCUGGAACUGAUAUGUGCAGACACGAGUCUGAUAGAACUUCUGGGUUUUAUUGUGGCCAACCUCAGUUUGCUGGGCACUCUGUCCGUGACGGCCACCUGCUACGGCCACAUCCUCCACACCAUCCUGCGCAUCCCCUCGGCCAAGGAGAGACAGAAAGCCUUCUCAACCUGCUCCUCCCACAUCAUUGUUGUGUCUCUCUUCUAUGGCAGCUGCAUCUUCAUGUACAUCCGGUCAGGCAAGGGAAAUGAGGGGGAGGACAGGAACAAGGUGGUGGCCUUGCUCAACACCGUGGUGACCCCGAUGCUCAAUCCCUUCAUCUACACCCUGCGGAACAAGCAGGUGAAGCAGGUGUUUAAGGAGCAGGUAAACAAGCUCUUCUUAUAAACCUGUGGAAUUAAGAGGCUGAAACUAAUAUUCCCAGGAAGGCUAACACGAUUCAGGCCCCUGCCAGAAAUGGAGACUUUCCCACUUAGAAAAUUCUCUGCUGCCAUGUUUCUGGGGUGCCAGUCACUAUGCAACUCAGCGUAAACUCAUAAGCUCUCUAGAUCUCCAAAGCAUUUUUAUUAAUUAUCAGAUUUGAAUUACUCUCUUCAUUCCAUCUGUGUCUGCCUGGCUUCCCAACAGAAUACAAAGAGCUCUUUGGGAGCAGGUCCCAGCUCUGUAAUUCACCACAAGCCUCAAGCACCAACCCAUUGUCAUUGACCAUAUAAAUACUCAAUAAGUACUUGCACCCUAACUGGUUCUUUGGGGUCUGUUGCUCCAACACCCUCAGACGAGAGGGUGCUAACAGUUCUCUGUUAGCACUGCCCUCAUUUCACACUUGUGCUCCUCUCACAGUAAUACAUCAGCAAGAACUCAACAGAGGACAAGCCCAAUUACUUAUUA